UUCAUGUGAAAUUGUGACGGAACCGGUCUGUUAAAUACAAUACAGAACAUUUUCCGUUUCGCAAAGCAUCAUGGGUAGUUUUUCCCUCAGCACCUGCUCAGCGUCGGCCAUUACUCGCCUCGGCUCGUCUGCCUGUUUGCCCGCCUGCUCACACACCCUGGCUUUUAGCGUCACAUUGGAGGAGAAAGGUUGGUUGUGUGUUUAAUGAACUGGAAUCGAGUCCAAUUUCUCAAACAAAAUAUAAAUGUUGAGUUAAUUUUCCAUUUAUUUGUGUCUGGCUGGUGGGCUGCACAGCGGUGUAGUGGUUAGCACUUUCGCCUUGCAGCAAGAAGAUCCCGGUUCGAAUCCCAGGUUGGGCCUGGGAUCUUUCUGCAUGGAGUUUGCAUGUUCUCCCUGUGCAUGCGUGGGUUUUCUCCGGGUACUCCGGCUUCCUCCCACAGUCCAAAAAUAUGCUGAGGUUCAUUGGUUACUCUAAAUUGCCCGUAGGUGUGAGUGUGAUUGUUAGUCUGUAUAUGUAGCCCUGUGACAGACCAGCGACCUGUCCAGGGUGUCCCCUGCCUUCGCUCAAGUCAGCUGGGAUAGGCUCCAGCACCCCCCGCGACCCUAAUGAGGAUAAAGCGGUGUAUAGAGGAUGGAUGGAUGUGUCUGGCUGGCUGGCGGGCUUUCUGUCCUAGCUCCCCUUGCUAGUCAGACAGCCCCCGUUCCCUCGGUGAAAAAGAGGUGCAAGGUGGCUGAUUCCACUUAAACACACACCAACAUGGAAUUUGUAAAAGAUGUAGUUAAGAAAGCCAUGCCAUCACUCGGUAGCGACCAGAUGGAUGCCCUCAUGGCUAGACUGGAGGAAUUAGGAGUUCUAUCGGUAGAUGACCUGGCCCUUGUGGAUGCUGUGGAGAUUAAAGACACUCUGCCACUCAUUCAGUGCAAACGAUUCGUCAGAGCUAUCCAAGGUUUACAAGAAGAUUCACAAGCUGCACCACAGUUCACAAGCCCUGGACACUCUACACCUGGACGCUCUACACCUGGACGCUCUACACCUGGACGCUCUACACCUGGACGCUCUACACCUGGCCCCUCUUCACCUGGCCCCUCUUCACCUGGCCCCUCUUCACCUGGCCCCUCUUCACCUGGAUGCUCAUCUACACCUCAGCGAAAGCAUUUUCAUCUGCCCCCAACAUCACUUGAAACGGCAGACUCCCCAACCCAUGAGACUUAUUCUGUACCAUGGCACAAAAUUUCCUCUAAAGUCAUGGAUUACCUGCAUAAAAAGAAGUACAUAAUGGGGAAACACAGGAGAGAAAUAGUUCGCAUAAUUGCUGAUGAUUACCUCCAUAAACACCCUGGAAGACCUGGUAGACAAAAGCUGAGGGAAAUCGCAAGUAUGAUUGUAGGGCAAUAUCCUGCCUCCUUCAAGCUGACAGAGCCAUUUGGAAAUAAACCAUUUGCAAAAGAUGGUUCAGAAACUCUCUUUCGCCAGCUGGAACACAGAGUUGAAAAUAUGGCAAGGCCACAGGGCUCACAGAAGACACGAGCAGCAGAUGAAGGUCCAACAAAGAGAAAGUCCAGAAGUUCAGCGCGGUAUGGAUGUGUGGAGUGGGAUCCUGUCAUUGAGGAGACAGUGUCGAGGGAAGACCUGCUGUCUAAACAAGAAGAAUUGAAACGUGCCUUCGAAACCAGUGAUCUUCAGGAGUCAUCGGUUCGAAAAUUGAUGAGUGAGACAUAUCCCCUCCAGCGUGAAACCAUCAACAAUGAAACAGAUGUUCGUGUCAUGAAGGACGAGUGGCCGUUCCUGUUUGAUGUUCCGUACCUUUUUGACCAUGCAUCCAAACUCCUUGGCUUCUCCGUACAAGACAAGCUGGCACAGGAACUUUCCAAAAAGGAAAAGGGCAUUACUGACUUCCUUGACUCAAAAGGAAUGAAGACUGGUGAAGGUCCAAUACAGCUGGUCUGUGGCAUUGCAAAAUACUUCAAGGAAGACCCUGAACAACUUUUCACCAAGAAAGAGGGUUUUCUUUGGGAUCAAUCCUGAGCGAGGCUCCAAGGCUGAGGUGACCGGGAAGAAACAGACCGGCAUUCCUCCAAAGGUGUCCAGGCUGGUGACUCAGCUUAAGGAGUUCGAAUGCAAGCAGAAGGAAUCUGAAUGGGCGAUUUGAGCUUUUUUCGAAGCGCAAAACAGAACUUUGUGGACUGAAAGUAACACACACAUGCAUACACAAUAUUUGUUUGAAUAGGUGAAUCCAAAAAAAUGGAGUUCUGAAGUAAAACAGUCUUUUACCAUAAUAUAAAUGUUCUUUUACAUGACUGUCCUCAAUAUUGAUUGCACUUGAACCUCUAGAGCUCACCACACACUUUGUGAGUCGAGAGGGUGACUUUCUUCUUCUGCAGGGUCAUUAUUUUGUGAAUACUGUAUGUCCUAAACAAAUCAGUUGUGUCCCUAAGUUCAGUGGAGGGACUUGGGUGAGGAGAUUGAUCUUUGCCACAGCAGGGUUUAAAAUUGGGCUGAGUUUGUCAAUGUGGAGAAUGGGGAGUGGGGAGUUGUAGGACAGUUUCUGCGUCUCCCCGGGGGGGCUUCUCAUUUUGCACGUGACAGGUGAGCCGACAUCAACAGUGGCAAAUGGUGAUGGUGCCAGGGAUGGCCCGUUGUUUUUUUUGUUUUUUGUUGUCCCCGAGUCAGUCAUUCGAUUUUUGAAACCAUAGUGAGUCCCAAUCAGAUACUUGAAAAUAUAAAUAUGAAGUAUUUGAAUGAAUAUGAAGUAUUUGAUAUUUUCAAGCAUCAAGUAUUUAUGUCAAGUAUUUGAUAUUUUCAAGCAUCAAGUAUUUAUGUCAAGUAUUUGAUAUUUUCUGUAAUAAAGAUACAGGAAGUUUUUCUGUAAAUUUAAACUUUAAGAAGUACUUUUUAAAGUACUUUUGAAGAAAUAACUAAUAUAAAUUUGAUUACACUGAACCAUAAUAAAAAUGUAGGAAAUGUUAACAUUUAGGUCCAAAUUCUGUAAAUAACUAAAUAUUAUAUCUGAAUAUAUGUAUAUUUUACAGAAAAUUUAAAGGUUUGAUUGAGGACGAACUUGGAGCCAUGUGAUUGAAUCAGGACAUCCCUAGUGGGAUGUUUGUGAAGGCGCUCAAUAGUCCGGAAAAUAUUUUCCAUUGUGAAAAAGUUUUAAAUAAGGCAACUGAACAUAAUGACAAUGCUUGAUAAACUUCAAAGUGGGAGCUCCAUUAUUUUCUAUUGUAUUUUAUGUUUUUGUGCAAAUGUCUCCAUUCAGUUUGUAUGAUAUACAGGUGGUGGAGGGGUUAUGUAAAAAUAAGCACAGCAUAAAUUCUAUGGGUUCCAAUCCCCCAUGUUCAAGUGGAGGGAAGUUGAGUGAUAUUUGUCACUGCUAAACAACUGGUAGAACUGAGUCUGUCAGUGUGGAAUGUGGAGUUGGAGGGGUAGAUUUCUACUUCCUCCUGGAGGGGGUUCCUCAUUUUCCACUGAGAGGCAAACCAGCAACAGCAAUGGCAAAUGCAGUGUUUUAUCGUUUUCCUGAAAUGUCUUUAACUAUGGACGAUUGGCACCAUAACCUCAAUUUCAUGGAUAUGUAUUGCUGCACUAAUGUUUUAUAGAAAACUUGUUGCACUUUUUUUUUUUUUUUAAUAGAGAAGUUGUAUGUUGUUGGAACGUUAAUGUUUAUGUUUAUUUAAGAAAUUGGAGCAAAUACAUACAACUGUUUGAACAAAACAAAAUAAAUAACUGUUCUCUUUCAA